AUGACAGAAGUGGAAAGCAAGCAUGUUGAAACAUCAAUGAGUGAUAAAGCAACUGCGGAGCAAAUCGCAGAAGAGCAAAAGGCAUUGGGAAAUGAUUUUUAUCGAAAGAAGAAUUUUAGUGAAGCAAUUAAGGCUUACACCUCUGCUAUCGAGCUUGGAACGGGUACCGCCAAAGGUGUCUACUAUUCGAAUAGAGCAGCAGCUUACAUGCUCAUGGGAGAGUUUGAAUUGGCAUUAAGUGAUGCCAAGCAAUCUGACCGUUAUAAUGGUAAUGUCCCCAAAACGCAGGCUCGUAUUCGCCAAGCUUUGGAAGGAUUAUCCGUACUUAAUGAAGCUGAGGUUUACUUGAAAAACAAGCAAGGUGGUUUAGCACUUAAUGCUUUGGACCGCUUACAUCGCCGUCUCGAUAGUGCCGCCAAGCCCCCAGCAUUAUGGUCGUACUUGGAAGCCCGUGUGUAUAUUUGUCAAAAUGAUUUGAGUCAAGCGCAGAAGAUUGCCCUAGGAUUCCUUCGCGAGAACCCUAGAAAUGUAGAGGCUCUAGUUUUGCGUGGUCAGGUUCUUUACUACUCAGGAGAAAAUGCCAAGGCAGUUACUCAUUUUCAAGAAGCGCUGAAGUUAGAUCCUGAUUGUGCUUCGGCUAAGACAUUUUUCAAACGCGUUCGUUCACUUGAAAACACCAAAUCCCAAGGUAAUGAUGCGUUUAAGCAAGGUAAACUUGAUGAAGCUUACGAGCUGUAUUCUAAAGCCCUUGGCAUUGACGGGGAAAAUAAAUUUACAAACGCCAAACUGUACAUGAACCGUGCCACUGUGCUUUUGAAGUUGAAAAAGCCAGAGGAGGCUCUUAAGGACAGUGAUAAUGCUUUAGAGAUUGAUUCUGGUUACGUUAAGGGUCUCAAGACUCGUGCCAAAGCUCACGAGGCUUUAGAGCAAUGGGAGGAUGCUGUACAGGACAUCCAAAGUGCGAUUAAUUUGGAUGCAGGCGACUCUUCUUUGCGUCAAGAGCUCCAUCGUCUGCAACUAGAAUUUAAAAAGUCACAACGUAAAGAUCACUAUAAGAUUCUAGGUGUGUCUAAGGAGGCUUCGGAUACUGAAAUUAAGAAGGCUUAUCGGAAAAUGGCACUUGUUUAUCACCCCGAUAAGAAUGCUGGUGAUGAGAAGGCUGAAGCUAAAUUCAAAGAAGUUGGUGAAGCUUAUGGCAUUUUAUCUGAUCCCGAAAGCAGACGCCGCUAUGACUCUGGUGCUGACCUAGAAGGUGGUAUGGGUGCAGAAAGCGCUGGUAUGGACCCCUUUGACAUCCUUCGUGCAUACCAAGGUGGAGGUGGUUUCCCUGGCGGUGGCUUCCACAGUGGUGGAGGCUUCCCUGGCGGCGGCGGCUUCUAUUCUCAAGGAUUUAGCUCUGGAGGCUACCCGGGCUUUAGCAAUUUCCAAUUCUAA